AUAAUUUUUUCUCUGCUGAUAGCAAAACCAAUGUUUGUUACGAAAUCGCGGGAACAUAAAUUAUGUGCUUUCCUAAUACGAAAAGAAAUCGAGAUCGCCGCAAGCUUAGGUGAUACAGAAAAUGCUCGGUUUAAUUUUGGCUUUUCGACACGAUCAACUCCAUUUGUACAAGUGCCCUUACUGUGGUACAUUUCCAUGCUCCAUGGGCUCUUCAAUGUAAACAGAUGAAUGAAGUGAUGACAGAGUUGGCAAAGGAGAACUCACAUGUCAAAUUUGUGAAGCUUGAGGCUGAGAAUCUACCAGAAAUAUCUCUUAAAUAUGAAAUAAGUGCAGUUCCAACAUUUCUCCUUUUCAAGAACCAAAAGGUUGUGGAUCGGUUGGAUGGAGCAAAUGCUCCAGCCUUGACCAAGAAAGUUCAACAUCAUGCAAGUAUUAUCACCACGACUGUUACUGCAGAAAAAGAACAGGACACAAAACAGGAUUUAAAUACCAGGUUGAAGAACAUCAUAAAUGGAGCACCAAAUGUCCUCUUCAUGAAAGGAUCACCUCAGGAGCCUCGCUGUGGAUUUAGUCGGCAAAUAGUAGAAUUGUUAAAUUCACAUGGAGCAGAUUACAGUCACUUUGAUAUCCUUACAGACAAUGAAGUCAGACAAGGUUUAAAGGUGUACUCAAAUUGGCCCACAUACCCACAGUUAUAUGUUGAUGGGGAACUAGUUGGAGGCCUGGACAUAGUGAAGGAACUUGCAGCAAGUGGGGAAUUAACAUCGACAUUGUCAACAAAAGAAGAUCUUAACAAAAGGUUACAGUCUCUUAUCUCAGCUGCCCCUGUGAUGGUUUUCAUGAAAGGAAAUCCUGAGGGUCCAAGGUGUGGUUUCAGCAAGAAAUUGUGUGAAAUCUUGAAAAAGUAUCCUAGUGUCCCAUUCAAGACUUUUGAUAUAUUGGAAGAUCAAGAGGUUCGCCAGGGUCUCAAGACAUAUUCUAACUGGCCAACUUAUCCACAGAUUUAUGUGAAGGGAGAACUAAUUGGCGGAAUAGACAUCAUCACGGAGCUUGAUAAGGAUGGGGAGUUGGAAAGCACCUUGACUGGUUAAUUUCAGAAAAAUUGAGAAAAAAUCCAGAAGUACCAUCAUAGUUUUAAGAUGAAAGACUGUCAGUGACAUUAUUUUUCAAAGUUGACCUGUUAGAUGCUCAAUAUCAAGAAAUUGAUAAGUUACAACAGUGCAAUGACAAAAAUCUGUGGAAAAAUUUAAAUGCUUUUUCUUGACAUUGAAACAAAGCUAUUGUUGUUUUAGACUGGCAGACGAAAAUGUAACUUAUCUCCAAUAAAAACAUGUUGCAGAUCACAA